AUAGCUCCAUGGUCCAUAUCCCAUACUCCUUUAACUUUAAUCACAUAUACUUCUUCUUGAGUUCACCAUUUCCUCACGUAAAUCUCCACCAAGCAACACUACCCCCCACCCACCCCCUUCCAUACAAAAGUAUAUUGAAACACUAGUGCCAUAACUUCAAAGAACAACAAGCAAAAAAAAAAUAAAAAAAAUGAAGUUUUGUAUUAAAAAAAUUUCUCUUCAUGUUCUUCUUGUUUAUAUGCUAUUUAUUGUCUUCUUAUUUUUCACGUACCCAUCAAAUGCAUCUACACAAUCUUUUGUCUAUGGUGGAUGUUCACAACAAAAAUAUAAUCCUGGUACAGUAUACGAGUCAAACGUCAACUCGGUACUUACUUCCCUAGUCAACUCAGCAGGCUAUGCAAGUUUCAACAAUUUCAAGAUUUCCAUGCCGGGUUCGGGCCAAAACGACAUCGUUUACGGGCUUUUCCAAUGCCGUGGUGACUUGGGAAGUUCCGACUGCCGGAAAUGCAUCGCUGCCGCGGUGAGUCAACUCGGGACGAUAUGCGUUGACUCGUACGGCGGCGCGUUGCAGUUGGAUGGUUGUUUCGUGAAGUACGAUAAUGUUUCUUUUCUUGGCGUUGAAGACAAAGGAGUUGUCAUGCAUAAAUGUGGACCGUCGAUUAUGGAUGACUCGGAUAUGUUGGCUAGGAACGACGGUGUUUUGACGUAUUUAUCAGGUGAGGAACAAUAUUUUAGAGUGGCUGGGUCAGGGAGAGUACACGGUGUAGCGCAGUGUACACAAGAUAUGAGUAUGAGCGAGUGUCAAGAUUGUUUAUCAGAGGCGAUCCGACGGUUGAAAAGCGAGUGUGGGUCCUCACCUUGGGGAGAUAUGUUUUUGGGAAAGUGCUACGCGCGGUUCUCGGAGAGUGGAUUCACUUCUAAAAGUGAAGAUGAAGAUGUUGAAAAGACACUUGCAAUUACAAUUGGGGUUAUAGCUGGUGUGGCAGUCCUCAUUGUUUUCCUUUCUGUUCUAAAUAAGCUUUGUGAAAAGAACGGUGGUAAAUAAAUAAGGCACAUCAUAUCAUAUCCAUGUGGGUAGAACUUCUUCUCCCUUGCUUAUCACUUGGGUAACUUUUUUUUUUUUUGGGUGCUCUUUAGCUUUUGUAAAUUAGCUCCCACUUCUUAUCCUCAAAACAAGACUCAAAAAGUUUGGUUAAAAAGUGCUUUAGAAGGAAACAGGAGCAUAGUAGCAAGAUAAAAGAUAUUUUCUUGCAAUAAUAGUAGCUAGUGCAUUAUGUGCAAAUGGCCUCUAUACUUUUUGUAAAAGGGCUCACUUUCUGCUAAAGGUAACUUAAUGCACUUUUUGUUGUGAA